CUUCUUUCCUUUAUGUAACGAAUACAAUCAUACAUCUAUUAAAUCUCUGCUCCGGCCGGAUCACACGCCCGUCAAUCCAACAGCCCCGCGUGGCCUCCCACAAGAACGCUCCUCCUCAUCCUGCGGCUAUUGCUCGACUCGGACAGCCACCUUAUGGCAUCGUCACCGCAGCUAUUACAUCAGAUUCUGGCCGAGAUAUCAUCUGCUCAUAACUCGAAAUGUAAGGCGACAGCUGGACCCUUCAAGGGUGGGUCCAACAUUGUCUACGCGAUUCAGUCCGACCGCGGGAAACGUUGGUGUCUCCGCAUACCACUGGAUGCUGACGCUGCCUGGCUUGCUGCCAGGGGCGCACGUCUUUUAAGACGUCUAAAAGAGCAACAGCCAGCACUUCAAGUUCCAGCCAUCAUCUAUACAUCAGAGCGUUAUACGAUACUGGAAUACCUGGCCGGGGCUCCUUUGGGGUCUUGGAACACACAGCUCUUGACAAGGGAGCGUCGUCGGGUACUUCUCGAUCACUUGGCGUCAUUCUUGUUCUCCCUAUGGACAUCAGAUAUUAACACAGAAUAACCUACCGGGAAUGGCUCAGAAAGGAGGUUGACCGAGGACUUCGUCGCACACUCCAAGCGAACUCGUCUUGGGGUAAUCCGCUGCAUUAUCUCUAUCGCCGCUCUAAGAUUGAGGAACUUACACCUUAUCCAGACGAUGGCCGUCCUAUAAUCAAGCAUGGAGACUUGAAUGCGUGGAAUGUUAUUGUAUGCGACAAAGGACUGUCUGGGUAAGUCUGAUACUCCUCCUAGUUACUGGCAGCAUUUCUCAUUGGAGUAAGGGUCAUCGAUUGGGACACUGCCAAGCUAGCUCCCGCUCCUUCUGCUAUCCAACA